AUGGCGGUUCGGAACGGAUGUCCCGGCGUCAAUCCAAUUGGAGACAAUAGUCCUAUAAGUUACACGCAACAGAUUCGAAAUUUCAUAAGAACAGCAAAAUACCGUCAGUCCAGUCAGCUGCCGCGUGCGAAUUCAGGCAGUUGCCGCAUGCGAGAGCGUCCACAUAUCGAUCGAUCCCAGAGCAACAUAUACCCCCUCAUCACAAUAUAUGUUGACGGUGGCGGUCCACGUCAACCCAAACCAAAACCCACUCGACAGCAUUUAAACAGAAGGAACCUGACCGCGAUUAACUGGAAAUUUCCGCCUCGAACUGCGGACUACAAAACUAUUUGGAUGGAACGGAUAUUUUACAAUGAGGUAUGA